UGUGACGUUUCAAGUAAUUCAGGUUAGAUUGGUGGAUGAGUUACAAGGAAUGAUGUUAUAUACUGUUUUUGUGUAAAGUUAUUAGUAAUGGCCGCCAAUUCGAGUGGUGGUAGUGAUUCCAAAUCAAAUUUGGACAAUAAGUGCGUCGAUCGGUUGAAAUUAUUGUACCCCGCGGUCAACGAAAACGAAACUCCACUUCCGAGAUCAUGGAGUCCUAAGGACAAGUAUAAUUAUAUUGGUUUGUCACAGAACAAUCUCAGAGUACACUAUAAAGGUCACGGUAAAACGCAUAAAGAUGCGGCCAGCGUUCGAGCCACUUAUCCAAUUCCUCCGGCUUGUGGAUUGUAUUAUUUCGAAGUGAAAAUCGUCAGCAAAGGACGCGAUGGAUACAUGGGGAUCGGAUUAUCCGGUCAAGGAGUUAAUAUGAAUCGAUUACCAGGAUGGGAUAAGCACUCGUACGGAUAUCACGGAGACGACGGCCAUUCAUUUUGCUCUUCAGGAACAGGCCAACCUUACGGACCGACAUUUACGACCGGCGACGUUAUCGGUUGCGGUGUGAAUCUGAUCGAAAAUACCGCAUUUUAUACGAAAAACGGCCACAAUUUAGGCACAGCUUUCACCGAUUUACCUCCUAAUCUAUAUCCAACCGUCGGUUUGCAAACGCCUGGCGAAGUGGUGGAUGCAAAUUUCGGCCAAUCACCAUUUGUGUUCGAUAUUGAAGACAUGAUGAAAGAACUGAGGGCUAAAAUUAGAAACACCAUUUACGACUAUCCCAUACCAGAUAAUUACGGACAAUGGCAAUCCGUUCUUCAAAAAAUGGUUUCUACGUAUCUUGUUCACCACGGUUAUUGCGCUACAGCCGAAGCAUUUGCUCGCGGUACCGGUCAAGCAUUUGACGAGGAAAUCACAUCAAUCAAAAACCGACAAAGAAUAUUAAAAUUAGUGUUGAAUGGCAAAAUGGGAGAAGCAAUAGAAACGACUUCUAAAAUAUAUCCGGGCCUGUUAGAACACAACAGAAAUCUGUUGUUCAUGUUAAAAUGUCGCCAAUUUGUUGAGAUGGUCAACGGUACCGAUACCGAAGUAUGUCCGCCGAGGUGUCCGCGCAGCCAACAGAAUUUACAUUCUUCACCAACGUCUACACCUCCCCAGCCAACCUCUGUUAUUCAAUCAACUAAGUCACUUAAUAAUAACAACGUUAAUAGUAACAAAAACAAUCGUCAAAAUAAUGAUCUCGUAGAUGAGAUGAACACCACUAAUAUUCUGUUGAACGGAGCCAACGGUGUUGAAUCAGUGAAAAAUGGCGUUUGCGAAAAUGACAUCGAAAUGAUAAGUCAACCGACGAUUAUAAUCGAAGAUAAAAUCAACGGUUCGACGCCCGCUCCAAUUACCAAAAGUGCCACCAACGGCACGACCAACGGGUAUCAAAAUGGUACCUCUCACGAUGAUAGUGUCGAAGAUAUGGAUAUAGAUCCGCCGUCGAAUAAUAAUUCUUCUAAUCAUUCUAAUGUUAAUAAAAAAGAAUUAUGUGGUGGUAGUCAACCAGCAGUUAAAAGAAUGUUAGAAUUCGGUCGAGAAUUAUUUUUACUCAGCGUACAAUUGAGACAAGAACUGGGUAAAAGUGAAACUAAUAAGAAAAUGUUACAGGAUGCUUUUAGUUUGCUAGCUUAUUCAAAUCCAUGGAAUAGUCCAGUCGGCUGGCAAUUAGACCCUCAACAAAGAGAAUCAGUUUGCGCUACACUUAAUUCUGCCAUCUUAGAAUCAAGUAAUCUAGCCCGACGUCCACCUUUAGAAGUAGCCGUAGCUCAUACGACCGAAUUAAUAUCACUUAUGUCGUCUUCUGGUCUCGGAUCAUGCGCUUUCGCCAAUUUUGAAGAUCUCCUACACUGACCAAACGGUUCUAAAUACCGUUUCGGAAGCGGUACCAUUUCACAACACGAUGGUCUCUUUUUAAUAUUUUUAUUCGCCUAUUCAACAGGUGCGCGUAUAUGGCAAAUUUUAAGACCGUUUAAUCAUUAAAUGAAGAAAAAAAAAUACUUAAGCGCUGAAUAGCUUCUAUAGUUCGUAACUUACAGAUUGUCUUAUAUUAAAAAAAAAAAUACGUGUAAUUAUUACAAAAUGAAAAAAUGUACCCGUUAUGAUAUUUUUACUCUCUGAAGCAUUUACCAAGUUUUACAAAAUUACGCGACAAUAAGGUGUCUCCUACUCUUGUUCUACGUACCAUAUAAAAAGAAAUAAGAAAUAUGUAUUCUGUGUGUACUAUAAACGAUGCCAGACCUACAGGUAUAAAAUAUGGAUGGAAUCGUUCAUCGUCAUCUGUAUUAUCUUCUUCAUCAUCAUUAUUUUAUUAUUGUGUAAACCGUUCAAGAAAUGAUCAUAGUGAAAGAAUUUUUUUCUGUUUUGUAAAAGAAUCGAUUUUAUUGAUUCCUCUUCAACUCAUAUAGCUAAUAAUUUUUUUUUUGUAUUUAUAAGCUUUAAAAAAACUUAUUUUUUAUUAGUUGAACGAAUAACGUUUAAUAUUGUAGAAUUAAGCUUUUGAAAUGUUCUUGUAUAGAUGUUCAGAAUAUGUAUUUUUUUUUUUUUUUUGCAAUAUUAACCUUUUUUCCCCUUCCUUUUAACGAUGCCAAGGUUGAUUGACCGAAGUAUCAACAUUUUUAUUUUAUCAUUUUGAUUAUUUAUUAAGAAAUAAAAUAUAUUAUGUUUAA